UUAUGUUUUUCAGAGGAGAGAAAAGUAUAUAAAUGCGUGGAAAAAGUCUUUUGAGUUAAAAGUUUUCAAGUUUUUUUUAAUUUCAGUUAUUAAUUAUCAAUUAAAAAUAUGGACAACCAAGAGUCAUCUAGUAAACAAAGCAAAAGUGAUUUUAUUGGUAUUGAUGAACAAAAACUAUUGGAAUUGGCUCAAUCGAAGCCAAAAGGCUUCUCCCAUAAAGACAUUACAGCAACGUUGCCAAAUUUAAAUCCAUCGCAAACGGCUGAAUUAAUAAAUAAAUUACUAUCGCAUGGUAAUAUUGAAUUAUUUACAAGUGGAGCGAAUAAAACUCUUCUCUAUAAAUUAAAGGAUCCAACGAAAGAAAGAUUUGCCAAGGGCUCUGAUAAUGAGGAGAAAAUUGUUUAUUCAAUUAUUGAAGAGGCUGGCAAUAAAGGAAUUUGGAUAAGGGACAUUAGAUUUAAAUCAAAUCUCAAUCAAAUAAUAUUAAAUAAAAUAUUAAAGAGUCUUGAGAAUAAGAAAAUAAUUAAAUCAAUAAAAUCAGUUGCGGCCGGUAAGAAGAAAGUUUAUAUGCUCUACGAUUUACAGCCAGAUAGAUCAAUAACUGGUGGCGCAUGGUAUCAGGAUCAGGAUUUUGAAGUUGAAUUUGUCGAUGUUUUGAAUGAUUUUUGCUUUAAAUAUUUACAAAAGCAAAAGGGGAAAAUGUCCGAUUGUAAGAAUGGACCAUUAUUGGCGCGUAAUGUUUCCUACGUUAGUUCAACUGAUGUUUGGAAACAUAUCACCGAUUUGCAUAUUAGUAAGGUCGAUCUCACAGUUGAAGAUUUAGAAAUGAUUUUAAAUACGUUAGUUUAUGAUGGAAAGGCGGAAAAACUUGUUACAAAUGACAGAACAAAUAUGUACAGAGCUGUGGAAUCUUUGCUCGAUUAUCCAGGAUUAAUAGGAAGUCCUUGUGGUGUUUGUCCGGUGAGAAAAAAUUGUUGUGACGAAGGAGAAAUUACACCUUCAAAGUGUCUUUACUUUACUCAGUGGUUAGAAUUUUAAAUUCAA